UUAAAUAUUUCACAGAAACAAAGACAGCCAAUCUGAGCAGAACGAAAGGGGCGAGGAAAAAAAAUCACACUGCUAUUUCGGGCAACUGCAUUAUUGCUCUUAUUGAAAGCACAACAAGGGAGAGAGAGAGAAAGAGAGAGGACGCACCCGCCAGCGCAGGAGCUGCAACUGUGCGCGAUUUUCUUCACAAGAUAGUUUCUCAUUUGCUUGGUGGAAAACUGCGUUGUUCAACUGAAGCAGUCUAAAUUUAAACGCAGACUGCCGGAGAUAAAGCACCACUCUUGGAUAAAUCGGAGCGCACUGGGGAGGAUGCUGCUCUCAGCAGGAGCAGGUGUAUUCAGCCGACCGGAGGCGCGGGGCACAGAGCGGGAGCGACACACCACAGCCUCCAGACCACAACACCGGCUCCAAGGGAAAACCCCGCAUCCUUAGAUAUGCUGCUGGCUAACGCGCUCCCCCCCUUAAAAAAUAACUGGAUUUCCUCUGCAACUUUGAUGCGAUAACCACCAGAAUGUGGGCGCCGUUGAACUGAUGGACGCACAGCUCAUUCGGAAAACACUGUGGUGAAAAUUAAAAAAAAAAAAAAAAAAUCAAGGAGUUCUCUGUUGGCCUCUCACUGGGCUGCUUAACUUAAAUCCGUCUUGUUAUCGAGGACAUAAUCAUCUGCCAGGAUGCCCGGACCACUUCUGUCAGCACAGUUGCUCUACAUAAGCAUGGAGGUGGUGAUUGCAGUCGCGUCUGUGAUCGGGAACGUGAUGGUGGUCUGGGCGGUGAAAAUUAAUAAAUCGUUGCGAGAUACCACGUUUUGUUUCAUCGUCUCCCUGGCUCUGGCGGAUAUUGCAGUAGGAGCCCUCGUCAUCCCUUUGGCCAUUACUAUCAGCAUCGGACUUCAAACUCACUUUUACAGCUGCCUGCUCGUGGCGUGCACGGUUCUGGUGCUGACGCAGAGUUCAAUCCUGGCCCUCCUGGCUAUUGCAAUUGACCGCUAUCUCAGGGUCAAGAUCCCGACCAGGUACAAGCGGGUGGUGACCCCUCGGCGAGCGGGGCUGGCAGUGGUGAUAUGCUGGACAGUGGCUUUCAUCGUGGGGCUCACACCCAUGUUAGGCUGGAACAACCUGAGACGCCUUCAGCAGAAUGGCUCCAUCAGCUCUGACCUCAUUAUCACCUGCCAGUUUGAAAAUGUCAUCAGCAUGGACUACAUGGUGUAUUUUAACUUUUUCGGCUGGGUGCUGCCGCCCCUGCUUCUCAUGCUGGUCAUCUAUGCAGAGAUCUUCUACAUGAUCCACAAACAACUUAACAAUAAGAAGUUCACCACCAGUCACACAGACCCCAACAAAUACUAUGACAAAGAGCUGAAUCUUGCUAAAUCUCUGGCUCUGGUCCUUUUUCUCUUUGCUAGCAGCUGGCUCCCCCUCCACAUCAUCAACUGCAUCACACUCUUCUGCCCCGAGUGCAAGAAGCCAAUAGUCCUCCUCUACAUCGCUAUCCUGCUCACCCAUGGUAACUCCGCUGUCAACCCAAUUGUCUAUGCUUUCCGCAUUAAGAAGUUCCGCACAGCUUUCCGGAAAAUAUGGCAGCAGUACGUCUGCUGCAAGGACACACCAGCUCUGGAGAUUCAGCCCAGUGACAGGAAAGAGAUGCCCAAUCCAGAGCCACAGCAGGCGACACAACUACAUCCGCCUCAGAAAGAAAUCCUUAACUCUGAUCCAGCACAACAGCAGCUGCCGCCACCUGAGCAGCAGCAGAACCAGAGGACCAAACCGCUGCAGCUACCUAAAGAACAUCCGCCCUUACUGGAGCAGAAUGCAGUCUAAGCCAAGGGAUGGAGCUGAUCGCUGUAGUGCCUGAGGCAUCUUGGAUAAUAAAUACUGGAAGAUCAUUUAUCUUAACUCAGGAGGAGUGGAUUUACUGAAAGUUUGGUCAGAAAAGAAAGAAAAAGCAAAAAGGGUAUCUAUAAACUUGCAAUAAUGGAAGUUGUUCUGGCAGUGACUGUGUCUAUCUUAGUAACAGACUCAAGACGUUAAGCUUUAAUAGUUUUGUUCAUUAUGGUGAAACAGUUGGUGUGAACAUUACAAAAUGUGCAAUAUAAGUUAUUGUGGUUGGUCGGUAUCAGAUUAUAAAAUCUCAAAACUUGCUAUAGAAUGAACAUUUAUACGUUCAAUAGAGCAGGUUCAUCUUAAUACUGUAAUACUCUGUGUAUGUUUAAACUGACAGUUGGCGCACAAUUUGAAUGUAAUAAUAAUGUAAAUAAGAGACUAAAGCAGCACAGCUGUGAAUGCUCAUCUCUUCUUCAGGGUCUAAAUACCACAACAGUGGCAGAGCAAGUAGCAUUAUGAGAGAGAUUUUUGCAGCAAUGAGGUGUGUAUGCAUUGAUAGAAGGGUUUUGUAAUCCCUUAACUCUUCCCCACUGGAGCUGAGUCCCUCAGUGAACCAACAGUACCGAUCCAUUACAAAGGAGAUGGACAGGGAUAAGACACAAGCAGCUGGAGGGAAUGGGAGGUUUUAACCUUUUAGAGGCUGCGUGCAGGAGACUCGUGUCUGCAGGAUGAAAGCUAGUCACGGGGGAGAAAGACAAGAUGCACUAAAAGCUCAUGUUUAUCCAGCCUCCAUGACAGCUGGUGGCGAGAGUGGGAUUUUGCUUUUUUUCCCCCUAUGUGGACUGGUAAUGACCUUAUCACAACUUACCACUAGAGACAGUGGCUUCCAUGGCCUUAUUCAGUAUUUUAAUUAGUAUGGACUGGACAAGAAAAGACAACCUGAAGAUUGUGAGUAUCUUUACUACACUGUAAGCUCAACAUAUUGCAUACUGCCAAACUGCGGCCAUCUAUAGAUUUAUUAAUUAAACUAUGUAACAUAAAAACACUGUACGAGAAUGUAAAGUAAUUAUGUUUUGUCUCUUGUGCAGACUCAGAGCUCUGGCCAAGACAGUUCACUGAUGUUCUGCAAAGUGGGUGACAAUCUCUUAUGUAAGGUUAAAACAUUUUCUCUAGCUGUCUCGACAAACAUCUUUCUGGCAGGAACAAGCAGUGAACAUUUUGAUGCUUGGAUAGCUGAAAUGACAUUGUUUACAGAAACCUUAUUGCAAUGCACACCACCUGUAUCUUGCUUUGUGUACCAAGUGUAUAGGCCAGGUGGACUGUACAUAACACACGUUUUAGGAAAAAAAAAGUGGAUGAAUAAAUGUAUAAUAAUUACGUGCUUUCUAUAGGUAUUUAUACGUUAAGUUUACAAUUUUGAAUCCAAAAGUGGAAUAUACAUUUUUGUGAUAUUAUUGUUUUAUGUUAAUUCCUAGGUAGAUGAACGACUUCUGGCACAAAUAUGACUACCUAGCGAACAGUCCAACCAUGUCUCCCAGAAAUUAUGUUCAUAUAAAACUGAUAUGCAACAGCAAAUAUGUUUUGAAGGAAAUGUGAUGCUGAUCAGAUUAUGUUUUCUACAAACAUAAUGAGAAAAUUACUAGACUUUUUUUAUGGUUAUAGACACUCACAGCACUUCUGAUCUGGUUUAAGGCAGAAAAAGUCUUCAGUGACUUUCAGCAUGAGACAUGUGUUUAUCAACAUUUAACCAAAUUCAUGAAGUUUCCGGAACCUUAACUGAAGUGCUUUUUUACGCCUAAACAUAACCACAGACGGGGAGAAUCCCGGUCUCCAGUGUCAAAAUCGUAUGCUUUGUACACCCAGCACCCACCCUGACCACCUCCAUGCAGUGACUCAUCCCAACGUUGCUUCUGAACAUAAACCAGGUAGUGAUUCUCACUGCAAACUGAUAAUAUACUGUAUUAACAUUAUUUCUGGGAGACAGGUUUGCACAGUCAAGUAGCCUACAAACUCCAAGUGCACUCAUUUUAAAGUAACUACAAUCGCUAUUUUUAUGUUAAUAGUGGAUCACAAGACUACUUGUAUGUGAAAGGGGUCACUAGAAGAGAUGAAUCUGCAGUUCUAUUCAGCUCAUUGUUUUGGUUUCCUGCUUAGCAACUUUUCUUUUGCUUUGUUUUUUUUUUAACUUAUUAGCUCAGGCAUUUUACCAUUAUUUGGCAGUUAGUGUAGAGACAGACAGAAAACAUGGGACCAGAGAGGGGUAGGACAUGCAACAAAGGUCCUUCAGCCAUGAGUUGAUUCGUGGAUGAUGUGGUUAUGUGGAGCACGCCUUAACCAGUAGGCUAGUUGCAAGCUGGGGUGCCUUCCAUCUUGCAUUUAAAGUGUUUUGGCUCAGUCUGACCUCCCUCAUCUUUGUUUCCAGCAGAAGUAGGCGGCUAUUUCAAAGCAAUUAGCCAGUGAUGAAAUUUGAGCAUUUAGUAGCAAAAGAGCCGGACAGCCAGAGUUAGCCAGACCAAUGCAGAGCUAAACAAAGAGUGAAUACUAGACAUUCAUCAGGGGCCCAUAAAAACUCCAAAUGAAUGCUGAUGUUUCUAUGUAUCUGCUAUUUGCUAACAGUUUUGCCAUAUCAACUUAAUAGGUUAUAA